AGUGGCUAUACAGAAAUCAUUGAUAGAAGCAUAUUAUGGAAGAAAGCAAUGGAGAAGAAAGAUGGCACUUAUGAUGAAGUUGUCAUACCAGUGGUGGAGAAGAUUGACAAGAUGUUGAAAGAGUCACGAGAAAGUGGUCGAAUUUUUAGUGGCAAUAAUGACAUACUUACAGAAGCACUGGGCACUCCCGAAUACAGUGGUCGAGUACGGGCUAAAGGCAAGCAUUAUACACCACACCAAUAUUUCCAUUCUAUGGCGAAUAGUGCUAUGCGGGAAUUUGUGAAAGAAUCUCAAGAGCGACAAUCUAAGUUUGAGGCAAAUAUUUUAGCCCAACUUUCUCAGAUGAUGCCUAGCACACCUCAAUCUGAUGUUAGCAGCUCUAAUGUUAAGCAAAAUCAAAUUGUCCUGCCUCAAGCUAUUGAGCAACCUAAGUGUCAAGUUGAUGACCAUCUCCCAAUAGUGCAAAAAGCAAACAAGGUUAGGAAAUGCCAAUUGGCCAUAGGGACAAAGGAAAAUGUAGUUGCAGCUGGCACAAUUAUACUUGAAUGUGGUGUUAACUUCUUAGUUGUUGUGGAUGCUUCUUAUGAGCCAAAUGCACCACUUCCUGUGCCUAUUCCUAACCAAAUUAAAACUAUUGGAGAGGCUCUUGGGUAUCAAGUUUUGUGGCCUGCCCAAAUGGUCAGUCUUACUACUCAUCCCAUCCAGGUAUAGUUUUUUUUUUUUUUUUUUCAAUUUUCAUUAACAGUUUCUUGGUAGUAAUUAUAAC